CACAUCCAUCACGUCAAAUCCUCGCCUCCCGCCCAGCCCGUCCGCCCCAAUUGACCCCGGGACGUCAAGUCAAUUGACACUCCUUCGAAUCUCCCCUCCUCCUCGAACAUCCUCCUCGACAUAAUGGCCCACGCACUCAUCGCGCGACGCCAGCUCGCCUCCGCUGCCAGCAGCAGAGCUAGCAUCCUCGGCCUGGUUCAACAGAGAAGCUACGCGACACCUCAUGGACCCCCUCCCGCCAACUUCCGAACGAGCAAGCCUGUGCAGUGGACCUGGGACAGGGAGAGCACCCUCGAUCGCAUGGGAAAGUUUUUCCUCAUGACGGAGAUGGCGAGGGGCAUGUAUGUUCUGCUCGAGCAGUUCUUCCGACCACCUUAUACGAUUUACUACCCUUUCGAGAAGGGCCCUAUUUCUCCUCGAUUCCGUGGCGAGCACGCCCUUCGACGAUACCCCUCCGGUGAAGAGCGAUGCAUUGCCUGCAAGCUUUGCGAGGCUAUUUGCCCCGCCCAAGCCAUUACCAUCGAGGCUGAGGAGCGAGCUGACGGAUCCCGCCGAACAACCAAGUACGAUAUUGACAUGACCAAGUGCAUUUACUGCGGUUUCUGCCAGGAGUCCUGUCCCGUCGACGCUAUCGUUGAGUCGCCCAACGCCGAGUACGCCACCGAGACCCGAGAAGAGCUUCUUUACAACAAGGAGAAGCUUCUCUCCAACGGAGACAAGUGGGAGCCUGAGCUUGCAGCUGCUAUCCGCGCCGACUCACCAUACCGAUAAACGAUACGAAAAGGACAGGGAGAAGAGGAAAGCAUGGUUUUUAUGUUGUUUUGUUUGUUGCCUCGGGUCGUUUGAGACGUCGCUUUUGAAGGAACAGGAUCUUCUUUUUUUUUUUUUUUGGUGGAAAGGCGGCAUGGGAUACGAUGAGGCUUCAGACGGAAGGGAGAGAUGGGUGUACAUAAUCUAGAUGUCCAAAAAUGCCCCUUUGUCACUCAAUUGGUUGGUUUGUGUGAAGCUGAAGGCGGGAGAAGUCAUGGUCAAGAGAAGCAGUGUACAAUUUGGGCACGGUGAUGAGGUCAGUUGUGAUCACUAACGGGAGUUUCAGCACAUCCACAUCAACAUCAUAAUCAUGAUUCAUU